UUUCAGGAAACAGCAAUGACCGAACGGCGUGUGGAUCCUGUCUCGGUGCUGGGCAAAGACAUUGCGCCGGUCCUCUUUUCGUACCUCCAACUGCCGCAAAGAACUAGAGCUGAACGUGUAUCUCGUGGGUGGAAAGACGCAAUUAUGGAGGCCACAAGGAAUGAGACGAAACCAGUUUGGGUUUAUAUAAUCUUCCGGAAAAAUCACUGUUCAGGGCAUGAAAAAAUGACAGUAAACAUUAGUUUCGAUGGACCAAUCUUCUGGAAACGUCAAGUCGCUUACAUCUACUGUUGUUCAUGUCAUUUUGAUGAGCAUGAGGGACCAUUGAUGGCAAUUCUGGAGAAGUUUGAACAGCGAGUGGAGCGUGUAUGUUUGGUCGACAAGCCGGUGGACUACCCAUUUCUCCCGGAUUCCCUGUUUUCAUACAUGGCGAACAAGAUGCCAAAACUGCAGUUCAUCUAUCUACGCGAGCUGGACCUGGAGAAAAUCAAUCGAGGAACCGUAGUUGAACUUGCCAAUCAUCCGAACUUGAAAAAGGUGAUCGUUCACCUCUGCCGAAACUACGAAGUACUUGAGGACUUCCGAAACUUGCCACAGCUGCUGGUAGUAAAGGGAGAGAUUAUGGGCUUAAAAGCAAUGCUCGGAGACUUUGAAGAAGAAAUUGCCAAGUCAACGGCAAGCAGUUCUGCCCAAUCAUCAGAAGCGUCAGCUCACUCGCCGGUGCCUGUUAACAACGGAUUUUAAAUAUGUCUUCCAACUAUGUAGUUUUUGAAAACCAUUUUUUUCUGUGAAAAUUGACUUGUCCUUUUUGCCAUUUCUCUUCAUUUUCUUAUUUAACAACUUUCAGUGUUUAUUUUGAGAUUCCAACUUUUUUUCCAAACGAAUUUGUAUCUGUCGCCAUAUGUCUGUCAAUAUGUUCUGCCAAGAAAAAGCUUAUUACUAGAGUUUUCCCCCUCAAAUUUGAGAUCUUUCAGUUAGAGUUUUUGUUUUAUUUUUAAAUUUCUCAGACAAGUAUCUCAAUUAUAUGUUUUUUGCCAGUAAUAGAUUUAUUUGCAAAAUCAAUUUUAUAACGUCUCCAUUUCUCCCCUAUCUUUUUAUUUUCUAGCCUGUCAAUGAAAAUGUCUCUGUCAAU